CUAACAUACCUGUUCCUCACUACUUUACUGUAGCCAUCUGGCCUUGCCCCAUCACACGUUCAAAUGCAAUAAGUUUCCAAUUGGAAGAGUGAUUGUGACUCCAGCUAUUGGUGAGAAACUGACAUUUUUCUGAUCAUGAAACCUUCUGCUAACGCCACCUGCUGUCCUAUCUAGUGUGUCCAGGAAUAGUACAGGACACCAUCAGGUGAGAUGCUGACAAAGGGUGCUCUAUGUACAUGCAAUGUAGGCAGUGGUCUACGGUGGCAGACUUCUGCCACUACAGUGGCAAAUUUAGCCUGGCCGCCCCCAAGUUAUGCAAGACCACGCUGCCACUCACUGGACUUUGGCAAUGCCGCCCUUUCCUUCACAAUAUAGGAGUGACGGGGCCAAAUCUGCCACCCUAGGCCUCUGAGGAGGGGGAUGGCACACCAAAAUUUUGCCUAGGGCGGCAGAUUGACUUGAGCAGCCUCUGGGAGAGAAGUGCUGAUUUCAACAUGCUCUGAUAAAAGUCAAUGGGAGUUGAGCAAUCUCAGAGCCUAGAAGUCUAAGGACCAGAAACUGGAACCACAGAGACUCUAUGAUUUGGCAAUGACCUGGAGAGGAAAUGGUUGGGUCACAGUCUCUGACCCGUGUGACCACAGGCGUCCAUUCCCCUGGAAAGGCACGAUGACGGCUCCUAUCAAUAUAAACUGCACCGACGGCAAGGAGCAGAACGUAGACAUCCGCAGCCAUGCACCCGGACAGCUCCUACCACAAAUGGGACAACUCUGAUCAGGUGGAACUGACGGUGCAGGGAGCGAGCAGAGUACCUGGGAGAGGCGGUAAAGCUCUUUGCCUCUCCAACUUUGCCCAAGGGAAGGCCAAUGUGAUCCUGUACGUCCUGCUGGCGAUUUGCAUUGCAGUGGCCACAGCUCUCAUCGUGGUGAACCUUGGGAAAUUGUCCAAGGGUCUUGCUGAAGCCCAGGCGGAUAGAGAUACUAUAAGAAAAGAUGCCAAGAGAAAUCUGUCACAUCACCAGGACUAUCUAGAGUUGAAGAUGUCCAAAGAAUUCAACGUGUUUAACAGUCGACUUCUUAAUGUGUCCAAGGAGCUGGCUGGGGUUAGGCUGGGGAUCGAGGAGAUCCAAGCUGAUCACGUGAAAGACCAAUCACAUCUCCAGGACGCCAUAGAGAUAAGGAACCUAACACACAGUAUGUCGAAGGAGCGGGCUGAAGUGAGAAGGGACCAUGACAGACUUCAGGAGGUCUUGAGCAGGAUGCAGGACGAGUUACGGAACAUCACAGAAGUCAUCUGCACAAAAUGUCCACCUGGCUGGCAGCAUUUUGAGAAAAAAUGCUACUUCUUUUCAACAUCGAUUAAAUCCUGGUCGGAUGCUAAGCAGUUCUGUACCAAUGAAAGCUCUCACCUGGUUAUUGUUAACACCAAACAGGAACAGAUGUUUUUGUCAAACCAAAUCAUGGAGCCUGACGUGUACUGGCUGGGCCUCAGCGACUCAGUGAAGGAAGGGGAGUGGCGCUGGGUGGAUGGCAGCCCCCUGUCUGUCAGGUUCUGGGCAUCUGGGGAACCGAACAAUGUUGGGCAUCAAGGGGAGGACUGUGGCAGCCUGCGCUUCGACGGGAAGUGGAAUGAUGCCACCUGCUCUUUGACUGAGCACUGGAUCUGCGAACGGCAAUGCUAGCUGAGUCCCUGAAUCCACAGCAGGGAGGGCAGGUGUCACACAGACUGCCCCACGUGGGACUUCUCCGGAGCUUUUAUCUCUCUAAAUCGAUGAUUCUCAGACUACUGCUCGUGAGCUGCAAGAGACUCUUUAAUGUCUCUCCUGCAGCUAUUUGCAGCACAUGCUAUUAAAACACUGAGAUUUAAUUAUUAACCAAUCUGGAUGCUUUUACUGUGUUAUUAACCCAUUAAGUUAUCAGCCUGAACUAAGCUACUAACUUAUUUGCCGUGAGAAAAAUAUGUGUAGAUAUAAAACUACAUAUUUCCUGUCACACCGUUUAAAUAUGAAUAGUACUAUAGUAAAUGAAACAAUGAAUUCA